AAGAAGAAUAUGAUGACGGUGAUGAUAAUGAAAAUUCUUCGCGCUGAAUGAUAAUAAAUGUGUGACUUUCGUCUGUUUUAUUUCUUCAGUGACUUCUCAAGUUUUAUUUCCGGUGUUUAUUUUGGGCGGGAGAAUUGCGAGUUGUCUGUAACGCAGUAUAAAACUCCAGGAAACAAGUGAAAUCUGUGUGACACUGUUGUAAAGAUGUUUAUUAAAGAGGAGAGUGAAGAUAUGGCUUAUCCAGAAGCAUGCAGAAUUAAAACCGAACACACUGACGAACAAACAGACAUGGAGGACAUGAAAGGGGAAAAACAAGAACCGAUAGAAGUGAAAGAAGAAAGUCAAGACCUGAAUGAAGUGAAGGAGGAGCACCAGAAUCAGAACCCUCAUUUCAUAACUGGAGAAAAAUCUUUUAGUUGCUCACAGACUGAGAAGAAUUCCUCACAAAACAAAACUCAAGCCAAAAAAUCCUUCACCUGCUCUCAGUGUGGAAAGAGUUUCACGUGUACAAGAUCCCUCAAUGAGCACAUGAGAAUUCACACUGGAGAGAAACCUUUCACAUGCCCUCAAUGUGGAAAAAGUUUUACACGGAAAUACUGUCUUAAUAUACACAUUAAAAUUCACACUGGAGAGAAACCUUUCGCGUGCCUUCAGUGUGGAAAGAGUUUCACCCGAAAACUAACUCUUAAUAUGCACAUUAAAAUUCACAAUGGAGAAAAACCUUUCAAAUGCCAUCAGUGUGGAAAAAGUUACACAAAUAAAUCUGGCCUUAAAACACACAAACUGCUUCACACAGGAGAGAAGCCUUUCAAAUGCCUUCAGUGUGGAAAAAGUUUCACAUAUAAAUUUGGCCUUCAAAGACACAUGCUAUUUCACACCGGAGAGAAACCUUUCACAUGCCCUCAGUGUGGUAAUAGUUUCACAUCUAAAAGAUCCCUUAAUGUGCACAUGAGUACCCACACUGGAGAGAAACCUUUUGCAUGCCUUCAAUGUGGAAAGAAAUUCAUUCGGAGAACAAAUCUCAACAUGCACAUUCAAAUUCACUCAGGAGAAAAGCUUUUCACAUGCCCUCAGUGUGGAAAGAAAUUCAUUCGGAGAUCAAAUCUCAACAUGCACAUUAAAAUUCACACAGAAGAGAAGCUUUUCACAUGUCCUCAGUGUGGUAAUUGUUACACAGACAAAUUAGGCCUUAAAAGACACAUUAAAGAUCACACUGGAGAGAAGCCUUUCAAAUGCCAUCAGUGUGGAAAGAGUUUCAUUUAUAAAGGACAUCUAAAUGUGCACAUGAGAGUUCACACUGGAGAGAAACCUUACACAUGCCAUCAGUGUGGAAAGAGUUUCACACGGAAAGAAGGUCUUAACAUGCACAUUAAAAUUCACACGGGAGAGAGGCCUUUCACAUGCCAUCAGUGUGGAAAAGGUUACAUAGUCAAAUUAGGCCUUAGAAGACACAUGCUAUUUCACACUGGAGAGAACUCUUUCACAUGCCUUCAGUGUGGUAAUAGUUUCACCUCUAAAGUAUCCCUUAAUGUCCACAUGAGAAUUCACACUGAAGAGAAGCCUAAAGCCUAAACGAUUUUCAUGCGAACGCUUGGCAUCGGUGUACUGUCGAACACAAGGCUUUGAAAAUAAUUUUCAUUGGACUAUUCAUGCAUACAUAGGCUGUUAUGAGAUUCUAGUCUACUUCUCUAUGGGAUUUAGACUAGGGAAGUACCGAUAUGGAAUUUCUGGGCUGAUACCGAUAACCAAUGUAAAAAAGUAUUUUUAAUCCAUUUAACCUGGAACUAGCUGUGAAUGUAAAUAAUGAUGUGCUAUUUCCCACAUUCUGUUUAUGUUGCAAAAUUUAAUAAGCAAAUGGGAUUGCGUGUAUGACUUUCUUCACCAGAACACAUUUAAAAAAAAAAAUAGAAAAAUUACUUUGCUCGGUUCAUUUACACAUUCAUCUGUAUAAACAAUAGUAUGCAAGUAUAAACACCAUGGGACCAUGCAGCCUCCAUACAGCUCAGGAAGGAGAUGCAUUCUGUCUCCUAGAGAUGAAGGUAGAUUGGUGCGAAAUGUGCAAAUCAAUCCCAUUCAACAGCAAAAGACCUUGUGAAGAUGCUGGAGGAAACCGGUAGAAAAGUAUCUAUAUCCACAGUAAAAUGAGUCCUAUAUUGACAUAAUCUGAAAGGUCAUAAAAUGUUUGCAAGUGCACAUGGGGACAAAGAUCUUAAUUUUUAACAAAAAAAUGUGCCGUUUGGCCAUAAUGACCAUCAUUAUGUUUUGAGGAAAAAGGGUGAGGCUUGCAAACCAAAGAACACCAUCCCUACUGUAAAGCGUGGGGGUGCUUUGCUGCAGUAGGGACUGGUGCACUUCACAAAAUAGAUGGCAUCAUGAGGAACAAAAAUGAUGUGGAUAUAUUGAAGAAAAAUGUCAAGACAUGAGUCAGGAAUUUAAAGCUUGGUUGCAAAGGGGUCUUCCAAAUGGACAGUGUUCACAAGCAUACCUCCAAAGUUGAGUCAAAAUGGAUUAAGGACAACAAAGUCAAGGUAUUGGAGUGGCCAUCACUAUCCCUGACCUCAAUCCGAUUUUGUGGUCAGAACUGAAAAAGCAUGUGCGAGCAAGGAGGCCUACAAACUUCAGUUACACCAGUUCUGUUUGGAGGAAUGGGCCAAAAUUCCAGCAACAUAUAGUGAGAAGCUUGUGGAAGGCUGCCCAAUACGUUUGACCAAAGAUAAACAGUUUAAAAACAAUGCUACCAAAUACUUACAAAGUGUAUGUAAACUUCUGACCCACUGGGAAUGUGAUGAAAGAAA